GUGUUUCACUGUGUACUGCAGUUUGGGGUGGAGGCUGCUGGCUGUGCGGCGAUAGGGGACGUGUGGCUGUGCAAGUGACAGGCAAGGAAGCUCCAUCAGCCUGUGUGUGCCCACUCCUCCUGGGGAGAUGUCCAGCGUUUCCAGCUACGCCCUGCGCAUGGCCAGGCUGAGUGCUCAGAUAUUUGGUGAUGUUGUCAGGCCCACUGACUCCAAAUCCAUGAAGGUGGUGAAGCUGUUCAGCGAGCAGCCCCUGGCCAAGAGGGAGGAGGUGUACAACUGGUACCCCCCUCACAACACCUACUAUGCCCUCAUGAAGAAACUCCGCUACUUUGGCCUCUACAGGGAUGAGCAUCAGGAUUUCAAGGAUGAGAUGAGGCGAUUGAAAAAGCUCCGUGGGAAGGAAAAACCAAAGAAGGGGGAAGGAAAGAGGGCUCUCAAGAAGAAAUAGUACUAUUUGAACGGUGUUACUGACUACCCUGGAAAUUGGAAGGAAAGAGGGCUCUCAAGAAGAAAUAGUGCUAUUUGGACAGUGUUACUGACUACCCUGGAAAUGCUGGGGAAGGCUUGGCAUGUGAACUGCCUGUGGGGCACGGGAAACACACUGUGAAGUAGUGGACUCCAUCUUGGGAAUGCACUUGGGUCUUUCAAGUUUUACUGGUUUUGAGUUUCUAUAUUUCAAAUAUACUGUAUAUUGCAGUAAUGAAAAGAAGUGCUCAGUGUUUUUCUUGAAACCACCUGUAGCUGUUUCAGUUUUUCUUGAUCUGGAAAUUGUCUGCUUUUCAUUGUCUUGUUUUACUAUCGACACUGUUUUGCAUGUGGCCACAAAU